GGCAGGAGCCCCGGGAGAGGUGGCAACCAUGGCCACCCCGUCCUCCAAAGUCAUCCUACGGCUGCCCGACGGCUUUCAAACCCUGCUGGAGGGGCUGGCGCUAGCAGUGCUGCGGGCACAGCCCGCUGAUGUGGUGGCCUUUGCUGCUCAGCACUUCCAAAAGCUGCUGGAGCAGAGAGAGGGCAGCUCGGCCGACCCGGUGGCACAGGGAGCCCGGCAGCAGGACCACGUUCUCUCCCAGCCCCACUUCCAGGACAAGGAGAAAGAGGACAAGGAGAAGAAGGAGAACAUGGGGAGGACGGGCACGCUGUCCUGUUGCUGCUGGCAGGAGGGAGCCUGCACGAAGCUGGAUGAAGACAUCCUGGACAUCCCCUUGGACGAUCCUGACGCCAACGCGGCGGCCGCCAAGAUCCAGGCUAGUUUCCGUGGCCAUAUGACCCGCAAGAAGAUCAAAGGGGGGGAGAUCGAUCGGAAAACCAAGGACACCGAGUGCGCCAACAGCACCCGCGGCGGCGACCUCCGCAACGGUGACUAG